GUGUGUGGGAGUGAGGGUUUUUAAGGGACCUUUUCCUUUUUCUCAUGGGCUUCAGUUAAAGUGCAACAACAAAAUUCCUCAAUUUUUUCCCUCUUUAUUUCUCAAAGGAAAAAAAAGGAAAAACAAAGUUUUAUAGCUCAAUCCCCCUCUCUCACGGCUCUCUCUCUCUCUCUCUCUCUCUCUCUCUCUCUCUCUCUCUCUUCUUCCUCUAAUUAGGUUAUGAAGCUGCAGUGAUGAGCAGUACUACUGAUCUCAUCGACGCCAAGCUCGAAGAACAUAGGAUGAUCAUAUCCAAACAGUGUCCAAGCUGCGGCCAUAAGCUCGAUCAGAAACCUGACUGGGUUGGGUUACCUGCUGGAGUUAAGUUCGACCCGACUGAUCAAGAACUGAUUGAGCAUCUAGAGGCGAAGGUCGCUGAGGGUUCGACUUCUGGCUCGGACUCGAACUCAAAAUUAUCUCAUCCUUUGAUUGAUGAGUUCAUACCUACAAUUCAAGGAGAAGAUGGCAUCUGUUACACUCACCCAGAGAGACUCCCAGGAGUAACGAGAGAUGGACUGAGCAAGCACUUCUUCCAUAGGCCAUCAAAGGCCUACACAACAGGAACAAGAAAGCGGCGAAAAAUACAAACCGAAUGCGAUCUUCAACGAGGAGAAACUCGAUGGCACAAAACGGGGAAGACGAGGCCCGUUAUGGUGAAUGGAAAGCAAAAAGGAUGCAAAAAGAUACUAGUCCUGUAUACCAAUUUUGGAAAGCACAGAAAGCCUGAGAAGACUAAUUGGGUGAUGCAUCAAUACCAUUUAGGGGAACUUGAGGAGGAGAAAGAGGGAGAGCUCGUCGUUUCAAAGAUUUUCUAUCAGACUCAACCAAGGCAGUGCAGUUGGUCGGCGGAUAAGGGGAGCGCAGGGAGUUGCUCGUCAAAGGAGGUCCUCGGGCAAAGAGAAGUUGAGGUUGGUGGUGGUGGUGAUUAUGGUGGCAUUGAGAAUUUUAGUUUUGGUCCUUUUAGGAAGAGCUUUGAUGAGGUGGGCAUGGGAGAGGUAUCAACCAAGACUAGAGAGACUCACGAAGAACAUGGGCACCACGAGCACGGGCACCUUAGAGCAACUAGCCAUCAUCAAUUGAGCCAAGAGCAGCAGCAAAAUCGACAGGCAGCAAGUGCUGCAUUUCACAAUAUUAGUCGACCUACCAAUCCCAUAUCCUCUAUCAUCUCACCUACUCCGAUACAUCAGAGCUCUGUGGUUCUUGACGACGCCUUCCAUGUCUCAAGGAUACUAAUGCAACAGACCGAUAAAUUUCAGGUAUUUAGAUCCUUUCAGAUAUAUUCAACCUUUUUCUCUCUAUGUAAUAUGUAUGUAUAUAUACGUGCAUAUGUAUAUAUAUACAUCAAGAAACGGUUGCUCACAUACGUAUUGUAUGUUAAGGGAAAUCCGCAGCAGCAGCCCAGCAGCGAGCAGCAGCAACAGCCAGCCAAAAAGUUGGUAGAAAGAUCUUCUGCUGGUCUGGAAGAAUUGAUAAUGGGCUGCACUUCAUCGGGGAAUAGAGGAGAAGCACCAAUUCCUCACCCCCAAGAGACAGAAUGGCUAAAGUACUCAUACUGGUCGCCUGACAACCCAGAUCAUCAUGGAUAAUAACAAAAGAGACGGGGGAAGAAAAAGAACACCAUCAUCAAUAUUAUCAUAGGUAUUUAAACUUACAUACUGCAAAGAGAAUUGAAGGAGCAAACAACAAAGGGGGAUCAAGUUUGAACUGGAUAAGGAGUUAAAACUAACUGUACACAAUAAACCCAAGUUUGAUGGAAACAAAGCGCAAAGAUGGGGAAAAGAGAAAGAAGAAAAAAGAGAGAGAAAGAAAAAGAAGGGAGAAGGCCACAAUGCCUAGCUAAAGCCAAUCAACUAUGCAUCAAAAUCAGUGUCACCAUCAUUACCAUAUCAUCCAAGUAAUCUCUCUUUUUAUUUGUUAUUAAUAUUACAUAACUGUAAUAAUUAAUAUUUAGUUAUAUGUGUUCUUUUUUUCUUUUACUACACUAUUGUUCAUGUGUAUUAAUAUUUUUCCUAUAUAUGUUUUUAAAAAAAAAGGUGGAA